AACUCGGCUAACGCGCGCUCGAAGAUAAUAAUAAUAUCGUCGCGAGCAAAUGCGGUUUUGUGUGUGUGGAGUUUUGUACAGAUAUGGACAAUAAAGAAGCUCAAAAUGAAGAACGAGAAGUUUUGCAAUCCAUCUACGAAGGAGAUGAAAAUUUUAAAGAGCUGAACCCAACCACAUUUCAAUAUCGGGUUGGAGACAUUGGUCAUUUUAAAUCAUUUUUAUUAGAAAUUGCCUGGGGUGAUAAUUAUCCAACAGAGUUACCUAAUAUUAACUUUGAUGCAUUCUACAAUAAUCAUAUAUGUCCUAAGGUGAAAAGCAAUGCUGUGAUGAAGAUUAAUGAAGAGGGUGAGCAAUGGCGGGAAUGUGCAAUGACUUAUACACUAUUUGAAUGGGCGAAGGAAAAUGCAGAAUCACUUAUGGUGGAUCAGGUUGAAGAAGUUAUCCAAGCAAGGGAACCAAGUGUAGGAACAGAUGUGCAACAGACAAAAAAAGUUAAGGAAAAGAAAGAACAUUUGACAAAAGCACAAAAGAGGAAGAUGGCGGACAAAACAGAUUUCAAAGGAGAAAGACCACGGGGUUGGGACUGGGUUGAUAUUGUGAAGCAUCUAUCAAGAACUGGCAGAACUAAUGCUGAUGCCUGAUGUUUUAACGUGCGUCAAUGUUCACCAAGUGACCACAUCAUCCUUCUUGAAUAUACUUUAAUGCAGGUGCUAUAGAUCUAGGACAACAGGGGCGGAUUGCUAUAAGCGGUCUUUAGAUGGUCUUAACGGUUAGCCGGCUAUAAUCGUGACAUCACUACUGGUCUAUGAUCAUAGACCAUUGCUAUAUCGCAGUCUAACCGGUUAGCCGUCUUAAAUUUUAAAGCCUACUCGGAGGAGGCUUAAAACGGUCUUAAAUCAUUUUCAUCAUGGCGUUCUGCUGAUUAAUUCAUCAGUGCAGUGGCAAGACCUAGGCCUAGAUCAUCAAAGUCGAAGAAUCGAACGACGAAUACUCCGCACACUUCGAGGAGUUAAGACUACCAGUUAAGACGGUUUUAUAGCAAUCCGCCCCAGAACUUUUGGAGGAGGUACUAAUAAAAACAAGGAAAACUUAUGUCAUACUGUGGUCCACGUAGCACAGCUACAGUUGUGGAUAUUAGCGCUUUGUAAUCGCAAGGAAUAAGUGCUAUAGAAGUACCAAGUAACAAGAUAUUAAUAUUUGAUUACUUCAGGAGCAAAAAUUAUUGAUUUUCUAUAUUUCCCCAACUGUACACCUCAAUUGUAACUAUGCUAAAGAGACCUGACCUAUCUUUAGUAUUGUAGAGUGGUACUAAUAAGAAAAAGAACUCUUGAGUUGUCAUGAGUAAGGUAUUGGGAUCUAAUGUCUAAAAAUAUAAAUAUAUUUUUAAAGAAUAUUGAAUUAAAUCAAUAUUUAAACUACCCAAAUGGCUAUAUUUUUUGUAGUUUUUUUAAAACCAAUUAUUUUGGUUGUUUUAACAGUCAAAUUUAUUGAACUUAAAUCACUGAGAUGUAUAGAUAAAUUAAUGAUAUUUCACAUCAUUUAUUUAUUUUUUCUCAAUGCAAUUUUCCUUGUUAUAAUCUUAUGAAUUUAUUACUUGAAAACAAGAACGAAAGAUGUGUUGGUGUACUGUAUACAAAUUUUAUAAUGCCAUUUUAGGAACUUCAACAAUUUAAAAUAAACUGAUCACAUAUUUUGUAUAGAAAUUAGUAUAUUUCAAAUAAAGAAGUACUUAUUAUUUGAAAUAGUUACUGUCUUAAUUUAUUAUAUUGAUUAUUUUAAUUAUCCUCGCCUCCCUGAAUGUGUGUGUCUGCGUGUGUGGUGGGCCAUUAAUUUUUCAGUACAUAGAUAUGGCGCAACAGGGUGAGGGUUUGUAAUCUCAGAUUAUUAUGUUUAUUAAAGCUGUAGUUAGUAUACUA